AUGGACACUUCCCUGAGAUGCGGGAGCGGCUCCCAGUCGCUCAAGGUCCACGCCAAAGAGAAGUUUCCUCUGGCCUCGCAGAUUUUCCUUCAGGUAUCGUCUCGAUCCUCGUUGUUCUUCCUCGUGAGACGCGUCGUGGAACGGAAGAGCUGAGAUUAGCGUUUCUUUUCUCGUUAUCAAAUGUUGUCUCGUGGUGUCUUUCCUCUUCCCUUCUAUUCCGAAUUUCGAAGUUAGUGCAAGUUUUUCUGGCCGAUAUGAAGCUCAAUAGUCCCGAGUUUGCAUAUCAAACGUCAUCAUCGUUGUUUGAGCUUCACCACGACGAAAGUAAGAGAUCAUAAAUGACGAAUCAAGCCAGAGUAUAAUUCGUUCUACAUGCGACAUUUCAGACCUCCGUAUGGAAGGGCUGACUAGUUUGCCUUUUGACUCCCUGCGUUAGGCACGAGUGGAUAAGAUUGAAGAUAAGGUUUGACUAUGGUAUAUUUUUAAAUUACGAACAUAUUUGACUAGGCUUUUCUCCGCCAGAUUUUUAUCUUCUCUAAUUGAUUGUUUACCUCUUAUAAAUGCAAAUAAAGAAAAAUAUAUAUAUGGAUAUGUAUUUCCAGGGGGACUUCUUCCCAUAUUCUAACAUAUAAUUGUAAUGUAAGGCCAUCAAGUCGUUAAGUAUCUUCCUAUAAUUUUGUAGGGACACGCUGAAAUUGAUACAGGGAUUGGGGCUCCAUGUUUCCUUGCAGUCCUGAUACGGCAUUUUUAUCCUCAGGUUCAAAGAAAAAAUUGCAGCUGAAACUAAGUGUUCAACUCUAAUUCUUUAAAUGUGGACCUUACACUGACUAAUUGUAUUAGCAGGCAUCUGCUAGUAUGGGUGUGGGUUGUCAAUACAAUGGAGACAAGGAGCUCAGUUAUAACAUCCGAGGCAAGAAAGCAUUUCCUGUGACAUCAAAUGGAUUGGUGAACUUGAACGUUAAGGGAAGAUGUGAUGUUGACAAAGAAUUUAGAGAGGUAAGCAUCAAGAAUGUGAUCAUGAACUUAGAAGUUGAGUCAUGACGAGCAUUCUCUCUCUCUCUCUCUCUCUCUCUCUCUCUCUCUCUCUCUCCCAUUGUUCUGUAAGAUCGUAACUGCGUAGCUAUGUCACUCCCGCUCUUUUCCAGUAAAAAAAUCAUUAAAGUACAAUGGCUCUUCAAUCACAAGUAUUAGGCGUCGUUAACAAUGAACUCAAUGUAAAAGUGCGGAAGAAACAUCUAAAUAGGCAAAAUACAACAUUUCUUGAGCACAUUGUAUUAUGUGCAGCUUCUCUUCAAGACGUGUUAUUCUUAUUUGUUGCUCUGUCUUAGACCACAUUUGACAAAAAUCUCUGUUUAUGUAUAAGUAAUAUCUGUACACUUGUUGGUUUCAUCUUUUUCAUGGACUAGUUUCAUCAUAAAAAUGGUUUCCUACAUCUUGUAUGCUCAGUAUCUUUACUCGAGACUCCCUGAUUAGACCUGCUUUGUCAAGGAUAUAUUUUUUAUUGCCCAGCUCGAUGCAGUCAACCAUUGAAAAGGAUACUUAUCCAUCAAAAUUGGUAUCAGAUUUACAUUAGAAGAACAUAUUAGAUUGCUUCUUAAUCCACAGCAUUUCCAUCGGUAAAACAGGUAUUAGGCCCACAGAGUAGUCUUACUUACUGAGCAAGCUUUAUUUGAUAUUUUAUUUUCACCAAACAUUCCACCGUGGGACUUUGUUAUUGCAUAACUAAACAUUUUCAUUUCUUUUAUCAUGUGGCACAUAGAAUGACAAUUAUUCAUCCUCUCAACCACAUUUGCUCAGUUCCCCAAUUAUACAUUGCAAACGUGGGGGUUAUCUAAGGAAGCAUAUUCUAAAUAAUUUAGUUGAGAACUUGAAAAGCAUACUCUGUGGGGAAAUUAAUCUACAUUUUCUGCAUUUCGCGUCUUUAACCAUGCUUCUUCUGUGUUGACCUAAAAAAGUAUUUUCGGCAAGAGUGUCCACUUUAUUGCUUGAUGCACUGCGUUCAUUAUUUCAGGAAAAAUCUCGAAUCUUGGGGUUAAUAAUGACAAAUUUUAAGCUGGGUUUUGACAGUUCAAUGAUAUCUAAAAUUCUCUCUCUAAAGCAAACACUACUUAACGUCCAGCUGAUUGUAUGAGUAUUUUCUUUGCAGUUUCGUUUGAAUCCUUGUGCCCAGUCCGUAACACCCGUUUGCAUCAUAAGUCAGUAAACAAUGUUUUAUGAACCCGCGUCCACAUUUUUGAAUUGUGUGCCGAUCAAGAUUGCUUGCACAACAGAGAUAAGGCAAAAUUUUCUGUAGCCAAAUGAUAUUCGUCAAUGGCAUCAAGAAGUUUCUCAUUGUAUCUCCGUGCAUAUGAGUCAGGGCACGACGUGCAGUGACAUCUAAAACUGACUUUGAACAUUUACAUGUCGUUUUUAUUCCCUCUUCUGUUUCGCACCAACGAAAUUCAUUACCAGGAAUUUGACUGAUCCUUGACUCAUCACAUCCCAACUAACUUAGAAACUCUGCCAAUUAUCCACAGCCUGAAGAACAACCACUGAGAUAUCCCUUCUAUAACCGCUUUUAAUGUCAAAGGACCUUUUCCUUGUUGAUAAAUGAUACAGAUUUUUUAAUCCUGCAUAAGUUAGUAAUUUUAGAUGAGAAUUAUUUAUUUACAAAGUCUAGUUGUAAGCCUAUUUCUCACAAUCUCAUAUAUGGAGAGAGAUCAAAUUGUAAAUAACCCCCUACUCUGCUUGUUAAAUUACUGUCUUUCUCUCUGGGUUUUGAAAAUUUUAACCAAAGAAGAACUUGCCUUUCCAAAUUUAUAUUUCUUAUAUUGCAAUCUUGUUCUGAUGCAAUUCUGCUCCAAUACUUUUCCAGAGGAAAAGUAAACUGGCGGCAGAGUUGACCUGGGGCAUACUUAAUUUUCAGACGGAUCAAGAUCUGAGAUUGAAGGUGGGCUAUGAAGUAGUCAACAAGGUAUGGAUCCUCGUCCAAACGAUUUUCUCGCAUGCAAAUCAAUUUUUCAGAGUCCCCAACACAUGAACACUUGCAUUAUCUAAAUAACUGGAGGCUUCUUACCGGAGAUUAUUGUUAAUAAUUCUUUUUUAGCAUUUCUUCGUGCACUUUGAGAACUCCUUUAGUCCGCCACUUCCUACAAGUCAACGUUUUAUUGUUAGUGGCUGCUAUGAUGACGUCAGAAAGCUUAAUCCAUGAUAAUCUCCACGCUGACCAUCUAGAGAAGAGCUUAAUGCAUGAUAAUCUACCCACCUAUUCGUUAUAAGAAUGAUGCAUUAUUUUCAUCAAAGCAUGUUAAUUUAAAAGGCUGACAUAAUUCGGGCACAUUUGAUGAAACCCCCUGCAUUUAUUUCGGAAAAAAAUUUAGCCCUCGUUGGGGAAUUCUGAGUUCAUAAAUACUCCGUCGCAGGUUCCAUAUUUCCAGUUGAGGGAAAAUUGUUGGACCUUCAACGUUGACUCCAGUGGUAAGUGGAAUGUAAGAUACUGUCUGUGA